CCCCCCCCACUCGGGGCCGAGCGGGGGCUGCUUGGCUACUGCGCGCCUCCCCCCGCCGGACCUCUGCCCGCAGCGCCGCUCCGCGCAGAAAGCGGGCGGGGGUCCCGGGGGGGGGUCGCGAUUGUGACGGGCUUGAAACGGGCCCCGCCCCGCAGACCCCCGCUGGGGCCCCCUGGGGGCAGACCCCCCCACUCAGCGGGGCCCCUCCAGCCGCGCAAGGGCUGACGGGAACAGAGGCGCGCUCGAGCAGCCAGGCGAGGGAGCCUCCCGCUGCCCGUCCUCGGUUUCCCGGCGGGCCCCGCGCGGCCACAGCGCCCACCAGCCAAUCGCGGCUUCCGGCGCGGGGCCUUCUGGGGGCGGUAGUCCAUUUCCCCCCGCUGGAGCGCGGAGGGAAGGCGGCGGCGGGUGCCGGGCCGCUUUCUGCUUCCAGGGCUUCUCCGCCGCCCGGGGCCGACCGCAGGGAGGAGGCAGGGGCGCUCGGUCGUCUUCCGGCAGGUACCCUUGCCAUGGGGGGAGCCGCGGCCUAGCGCCCCGCACGAAGCCUGGGACUCGCGUAGCCGCCGCCGCCGCCAUGUCCUUAGUGGCCUACGCCAGCAGCGAGGAGGAGCGGGAGGAAGAGGAGGAGGAAGAGGAGGAAAAGGAGGAGAGCGAAGGGGCGGCCACGGGCCCGCGGGGGCUUCUCUCCGUCCUGCCGGCGGCCCGGCCCGGCCCGGCCCCGAAGCGGCAGCCGGUGCGAAUCCCGGCGCCGCGUCUGCCCGAGGAGUCCGACUCGGAGGAGGAGGAGGAACCGGCGCCCAAGAAGCCCGCGCGGCCCGGGGGUCUCUCCGCGCUCCUCCCGCAGCCCCGCCGCGGAGCCCCGCCGCCCCGCAGGACCGACCCCGCCGCGCCGCCCUCCCCCUCGGCCAUCAAGGCGGCGGCCAAGAGCGCGGCCCGGCAGGUGGCCCGGCAGGUGGCCCAGGAGGGCGAGGCGGAGCCCCCGCAGCCCUUCUUCUCGCUGCCGCCGCCGCCGCCCCUGCCGCCCCCCGGCCCGCCCGCCGUCGCCGUCGCCGCCUUCCCCGACGACCUCCCGCCCGGCACCGAGCCCGACGGCCAGGACGGCGCCGACGCCCCGCUGGAGUUCAAGACGCCACCCGGCGCCCGCCCCGCCCCGCCCGGCUGGCCCCCCGCGCCCGGCCCGGACUUCGGCUCGCCCUACGCGGGCUACUACGGCGGGGGCUACUACCCGGAGAACGACCCGGGCUUGGGGCAGCCCCCCGAGGGCAGCGCGGACGCCGCCCCCGCCUCCUUCAUGGACGACGAAGCGUUCAAGCGUCUGCAAGGCAAGCGCAACCGCGGCCGAGAAGAGAUCAGCUUCCUGGAGAUCCGGGGCGACGACCAGCUGAGCGGAGUCCAGCAGUGGCUCACCAAGUCCCUGACGGAGGAGCAGAGCAUGAAGUCCUUCAGCAAGAAAAAGGGGGAGCAGCCCACCGGGCAGCAGCGAAGGAAGCACCAGAUCACCUACCUGAUCCACCAGGCGAAAGAGCGUGAGCUGGAGCUGAAGAACAGCUGGGCAGAGAACAAGCUCAGCCGGCGUCAGACCCAGGCCAAGUACGGCUUUUAGUCCCUUCCCAGCCGAGGGGGGCCAACUCGGGACCCUGUUCUGCCAGGCAGCGAGGCCCGCUGGCCUGCCAGGGAAGCCGCCGCAGGAGGCCGUGCAGCCACCCCACCCCAAAGGGCCGAGGGUCCGUAUCCGCUGUUGCCCCCUGGAUUCACGAGGCUCCUGGGUUUCCCUCCAACCGUUUUUCUUUCAAGGAACCGCCAAGGCAGGGGGGAGCCUUGCCUGGAUUGGCGGGGGCCGCCUGCCCCACCCCACCCCCGAGAAUGCCCCCCCCCCCUGGGGGGCGGGGGGCUCUCCCGGUCCCCCCUGACGCCUGGCUUGGCUGUGGGGCUGCGUCCCCCCUCAGCAUCCCUCCUGGGUGCUUGUGCUCCUGGCCGUGUCUGGGUCCUCUUGCUGGCCGCGGCACGGUCUUGUUUUCGUGAAUUGGCACCGCUCUGCCCCCUCCCCACCCUUCCUGGUUUUGUUUGCCGGUCGUCCCCAGGGCCUCCCUGGCAGCCGGGGUUUCAAUUUCAGAAACUGGAGGUCUCCCCCUCCCCUCCCCUGUCCAGGAGACCCACCUCUUCAGAACUUCCCGCCCCCCCCAUAGCUUAUUGGGUUUGUUUUUCUCAGACCGGUCCUUAAAAGGGGGGAGCACUUCAUUUCCACUUAACGGACCUUCUCCAAUGCGCAGAGCAAGCCCUGGAGGAGGGCAGGGCAGGGUGAUGGUGUCUCCUGUGCCGCCACCCCCCAUUGAGCCUGGGCAGCCCCCCCAGCCGACUCUUAUCACGCCCCCCCUCCUCCUCCUCUGCUCCUGGUAGUCUUUGUCCACACCUGUUCAGAAUUGUAGCCGUUUCCUGUUCCGCGGAAGGACGUCCCUUUUUGCUGCAGAGUAUCUGUAUUUAGGGGUUUGUUUUUUUUUCUAAAAAGAUCUUGGUUUAUUUCCCUGAACACUUUAGUACUUAGGAAAACUCUCUAUCCCUAUUUUGAAUAUUUGAAAAUAAAACUCAUUCAGUAAUUGA